AUGCUACUGCUCUUCCUGACACUUGUCCUCCUUGGAGGCUCAGCCAAUGGAUCCCAGGAAAAUCAAAACUCAACUAAACCAGCAGAAGGCUUCAAUUUUGUUAUUUCUAAAAAGGGGCAGAUAAUCAGUGGAAUCAGGAUCCAGAUUGGAAUAUCAGGUUACCUGAGUAGUAUCAAUGGAUCGCUCCAGGAAGUCACCCGGAAUACAAAUGAGUCCAUUAUCCAAGUGGAAGGCAGCAAUGAUAAUACAAAGUGCCUUAUGCAUAUCACUUUCAGGACUAACCAAGGCAGGAAAUUUGAGUUUGGCAAAAUUGGUUCAAAUCAGUUCAAAGCUUUCCCCACAAUGGAAGGGAAGGUACUGACCUCUAUCUUUGGACGGUAUGAGUCAACAUGCAUAUUAUACCUUGAAUUUGAUUGGGUAUAUCCUGAGAAACCAGAGGAACAAAACCCAAAACUCCCCACAAAGACAACCAGUAAAAAAGUUUCUGGCUAA